GGUAUUUCAGGCGCAUGGUUGGGAGUGACAGACUCACAGGGAGCAGAUAAAGAGAGAGAGAGUGAAGAGAGAGGGGGAGAGUCUUCUCAGCUGGUCUGAAUCUCUCUCAGCCUACACACACCACUUCGGCUCAGUAAUGUUGAACACGCUGCGAGAGUGAGCUCUACCUUCCUCACACACUCUGCCAUCACCUGCUCGAGGACACAGCCCCGCACACCCCCGGCCAUCAUGGAGGAGGCUGACCUGCUGAAGGAGAGGCUCCAGGCCAUCACGGACAAAAGAAGAAUCCAGGAGAACAUCGCCAAGAAAAGAAGAGAGAUCGAAGAGGAGAAAUUAAAACUGCAGUACAUAAAGAAGAAAGCCCUGAGGGAGCAGUGGCUGAUGGACGGUCUGAGUCAGCAGCAGGAGGAACAGGAGGCCAUGAGGCUGCAGGCUCAGGACGAGCAGCAGCAGAGUGAUCAGCUGCAGAGCAACAUCCUCAGAAUAGAGAAGGAGAUCGAGGCCUUGGAAACACAGGAGCUCGACAUCUCUACCAAUGAGGAAGCAGUCCUGAAACGGUUAAAAGAAGUGGAGAGGACGGCUGAGGAUAUAAUAAAGGAGAUAAACGCAGACUUCAAAGCAGAUGUGACGCAUAAAGUGUCCUUGCCACUCCAAGAUUUACCAUUCUUCUACCCACCAAUUCCAACAAAAAGCCCAGCCACACAUCGGCCUGGUAGUGAAGAACCAAAAAAAGCUACGUUUGCGAUGGAGAUCAGUGUGGAGCUUGAUAGGAAAACAGGCAAAAGUCAGGUGGUCUCUACAGCCACCAUCACCCCAGAAAGCAUUCAGGAGAGGGGUUUGAAGGUCUAUGAAGAUGGCCGCAAGUCUGUUUAUGCAUUGCAUCCUGAUGGAGGCAAAAUGCCGAGUGGAUCAGUUGGAGAGAUGACGCCCACAGAGGUAGAAGAGCUGCUGCAUCAAGCCACGGAUAAGAACGUUCCCACUGGGGUGCAGUACCAUCAGCCGGUCUACUCUGCACCCUACACAGAGAGCAGCAGGCCUGCAACACCCAGGACGCCAAAUAAAACACCAAGAGAAACCCCAACACCCGGACCCAUUCAGAGCCCAGUAUCGUCUGGAAAUGGAGCUGAAAUCCUCCAAGAGGAAAGCCAGCACAGCCAAGACCUGGGGAAAACACCCAGCUCGAGCCCCAUCCAACAAGACUCAAGAGUCCAAAGACCUGGAGAAGAAACCAAGCUGCCCCGCUGCCACAUUCAAGGACAAUCGUUGGCUGACAGGCAUCCAAUUUCACAGCCACAGUUUGGUGCUCAAUCUCCACGAGGACUCGCCAACAGGAAGGCGGGCAGUCCAAAGACACCCUCUCUAGUCUCGGUCAAAGCCAGAUCUGAAGGAAUGCCAACAACCAUUCAGCCGUUCUACAUGGAUGUGGAAAGCCGUUGUCCUUCGGUAGCCAGCCACAAGUCUGCGGUUGAUGCCUUUUUAGAGAGUUCUGGUGAAUUUGACAGACUUUCACCCUCCUGUUCGGAGAGUAUCGAGUCUCUGAACCUGGUCAACAAACUGCCAGAGGAGCUCGGAUCCGAACCAGUCACCAUGAUCUUCAUGGGUUAUGAGAAUGCUGACGAAGACGAGGAAGACAUCCAGGCGGAGCUGGUGGUCAUCGGCAACAGCGAUGACGAUAACGAUGAAGAGGCCCAAUGUAGUGCUGAUGAAAGGACCGAUGAGUGUCUCUCAUUCCACCCAGAGGGAUACAAGAGCCAGGUCUUCCAACCCAAAAUGGGAAUAGCCAAUGUUACAGGCCGCAGAGACAUUAUUGAUGAAGCAUACUCAAACUGGGAGGAUUUAGGGCUCCACAAGCCGACAUUCAUCCACAAGUCUGGGAAGCCGAGUCCCUACCUGCAGGGACAGAGGGGGGGUGAGACUGCAAACACAGGCAGCAUAAAUAUGGAGGAAAUGAAGCUCUGCUCAACGGGAAGAUAAGGAAGAAGGGUACCACCUCCUAAGAAACUGGGUCAUUCAAGAGGAAAUGUAGGAGGAUAAUUGAAGGGAUUAUUUCUUUUUGUCGGUUUGAAGAUAUCUCAGCUUUACUCCUAACCUCCCCUUUGUUGGGAGAAGCGUUAUCUUGCCAGGUUUGCCUCUAAUAUUGGUGUGACUGCAGCACUUUGCCAAAGAUAUUUAUGCUGCACAAUACCAAACUAAAUCUUUAUAGAUGCCUUGUGAGCUAAACAACCUGGCCAUACGUACUGUAUGUGGAUACUGAUUUCGUUCCGUUAACCUCAAAUGAAUCUUAACAUUUAGGAAGAAGUGUUCUUCCAGCUUUGUGUCAACAUUACUGUUUUUUGUUUCAACACAAUGUGCACCAAGCCCGCUUCAGAAAUGGUGUCCACAGUGUGGUUACUGUUUAUGGUGAGUCAUUUAUAAAUGCUUUUUCUAAGAGUGGUGCUUUUUUUCUUCUUCUAUAAAGGUGUGAACCAUGCCAUGCUGUGUUUGAAGGUCAACUCUAAAUGUACACUAACUGUGUGCUGUUACUUCCUCUGUGAUUAAAAACAUUUCUUCAUCUUCUAA